AUGAUGAGAGACGCAGCUCUCGAACUUCCAUCGGGCACACGAUCGGAUGAAGAGCUCAUCCUCGAAUGGAUUACCGAAGACGACAUCUCAAACAUCACGCCUGAGGAGCGAGCCCACUUUGUUCGAUGGAGUCGUACAUAUGAAAAUCUGCGCCUGCAAGGCAACAAAAGAUGGCAGCCCCACAAGAUGCGGAAGAUACAGUCAUGGAAGGACAAGAUAAUCGCCUUCACUAAUCGACGAAAGGCGGAAUUUUCUUACGUUGCAAAUGAUUCGACUGCGGCUCAGGCAGAAUCAUCUUCGCCUACCGCGCAAAUCAGUGCAGCAGUCGCGCAACCAGCAGCGAGACGCGCCUUUGGGAUCGCUGAACUGCGUGAGAACGUUCUCUGUCGGUUGGACGUCUACAGUCAAUUGAGUGCUUGGAGGGUGUCAAGCUCGUGGCACGGCACUAUCGAACACAUUUUCCAAUCUGACAACCACAACCGCCGCCUGUACGAUCCUGUAGAAUAUGGCGACGCUCAGAUUUCUGGAAAGACCCCAGCGUGGUUACAGCCCAGCUUCGAAGAACUCGAGAACUUUGCAGAAAAGGUCUGCGGGCUUGAUGGUCCAGGCUUCGGACUACUAUAUGCACCUGCCCGCCUAUCCCAGGCUAUAGCAUUGACGGUGAAGACUAUAGAUCUUCUUCAUGCCCAAUAUGCGCAUUUCUGGGCCCCGGCAAUGCCAUCUCCGUAUGGCAUACAGUACGAUAAUACCAGCUUACCGGUACCGCAAUGGCUGGACUUCACCCAAUUCCAACUCGCACCCUGCGUCGCCGAUAUCUUCGGAGAGCGGUUCCAGAUGCAGCGAGGCAGGUAUGAGGUCUCCCUUAGAACGAAUGCACCCACAGCAAACCUGCUAUUAGGCCCGGAUGUAGACGUCUUAGGUCUUCGCCGAUGCCUGGGCUCAACAUUUGCCACACAACCACCUUGUCAGACUAUCGGUGUUUACGCGGUACAGGCACAAGAGGAACCCACCCUGAGACUUCUCGAGCGCAUCCACGACAUCGAAGGCAUUCGUCUUGUCCAGCUUCUCGAAACACUUCACAAACAAACUGGCUCUCUUCUGGAACACUGGAAUGCGGAAGUCGUCAAAGUGCAGACAGGUCUCAAAUUCCAUGAACCGGCUGAAUUAUACCAAUUCGCCAUGAAGAGAAUGCAUUGGGCCCGAUCGACUGCAACCCCAAGAUUUGUCAUACUGCUAGACAAACAUACCAUGGUACAAGCGGCAGACUUACACGGGCACUAUAGUCGCGCGGCGUUGCUUUCGAACCGGUCAGACCGUGACGUCUUGACAGAUGAGUGGAACAAAAUGGAGUAUCGCGAUGAAUACAUAGACAGCUUCAUGGUUGCACCUAUAGAGCCAUCAAGAGAGGCUUUGCUUUGGUCUUCGGAAACGGAAGAAGAAGUAGUUCGCAAGAUCCAGGAAAGCGAACAGUACAUCGCCCAGAUUACUAUCCCCAAGAACAACAUGCGCGAUCAAAACGAGAAGAUGUCAUCAGGACCAGAAAAUACCGCUGCAGGGCAAAAGCACGAUCCUUCCAUCAAGAAUCCGCUCGUCAACUACGGACAAUUGCCAGGAUGGCGCCAAGAAAACCAAUACAUCGUCACCAAAUACUGUUCCGCCCGCAAUUCAUACCGCCAAUCCAUCAAAAGCCUCACAUACCUCCAUAAUGAGACCGGAAACAUCUACACCCACCUACUCUUCUUAGUCACUGUUUUGCUUCUCACCACCUACAACCUACCGCAACUAGGCGGCCCAAAACAGUGGUUCCCCUCCCCACGCAACGGUGAUUUAUUGGCAUUUUCUGCAUUCCUCGGCGGUGUGGUAUUGUGCAUGUUGUUCUCCGUCACGUACCACAUCGUCCUCGACCAUUCAGAAUCUGUGGCGACGGCUGGCAAGCAGUUGGAUUUUGCGGGCAUCACGUGUCUUAUCUGGGGCAGUUUGAUUGCGACGCUAUACUACACGUUCACCUGCGAGGUAGAGCUCAUGCGCACCUACAUGCUUAUUGUAAGCUGA